GCUUCUCUCAUCCUCUAGCCGACAACUGACACGGUUUUGCUUCCCCUGUUAAGAAACACAUUUAACUACAAAACUCAUUUAGAAUCUACUGAAUUCUGACUGGCCUAUUUAACAUCUUCUGGAUUCUUUCAAGGAUUCUCUAAAUUCUCUCUGCUUUUAUUAGUUAUUUGAGUGUUGGUCUUUUGGGUGUUUCGUAUAUUUGAAUAUUAGUAUGUUAUUGAACUGGGUUUUGAUUGAGAAGUGGGGUGUUCUUCUUUAGAAAGUUUUUUUAGUGUUUCUGGGUUCUGGGUGUUGCUGAGAAUGGUAUCCUUGACAUGCCGGAACUUCGAUGUCGGCCGGUCAAGGUUGGAUUUGGUAACUACUUGUGGGUGCAAUUCCAAUCGGUGUGGGAUGUCACUUAACGGAUUUCCCGUCAGGAACUAUGCAAGGGGAAUAGCAACUGGUACCCGGAAAUUGAUCUGGGGUCGGCCGGACAUUGCUCGGUUCAGAGUUUCUUCCGUUCAGAGAGAUCGGCCAGUGCUGAAUGUGGUUGCUCAAGAAUCUGCGUCAACAUUGGAUGUCAGUUCAAAGCCUAGAGGCCCUGUUUCAGUAUCGAAUUUAUUGGAAGUGGUUGCUGAUGACCUCCAAACUUUGAACAAAAAUCUCAAAUCGAUUGUUGGUGCAGAAAACCCAGUUUUAGUGUCUGCAGCAGAGCAGAUUUUCGGUGCUGGUGGGAAGAGACUCAGACCAGCUUUAGUAUUCCUUGUGUCAAGAGCUACAACAGAAAUAGCAGGCAUAAAGGAACUUACCCCACAACAUCGGCGCUUGGCAGAGAUAAUUGAGAUGAUUCAUACUGCAAGCUUGAUACAUGAUGAUGUGUUAGAUGACAGUAACAUACGAAGAGGAAAGGAAACCAUUCACCAAUUAUAUGGCACAAGAGUGGCAGUACUAGCAGGAGACUUCAUGUUUGCACAGUCAUCAUGGUACCUUGCAAAUCUUGAAAACAUCGAAGUCAUAAAACUUAUCAGCCAGGUCAUUAAAGAUUUUGCAAGUGGUGAAAUAAAGCAGGCAUCAAGCCUUUAUGACUGUGAUGUUGAACUUGAGGAAUAUUUGAUCAAGAGCUAUUACAAAACAGCUUCUUUAAUUGCUGCAAGCACCAAAGGUGCUGCUAUUUUUAGUGGGGUGGAUAGUAGCAUAUGUGAAAAAAUGUUUGAAUAUGGAAGGAAUCUUGGCCUAUCAUUCCAGGUAGUUGAUGAUAUAUUGGAUUUCACUCAAUCAUCGGAACAGCUGGGAAAGCCAGCUGCUAGUGAUCUGGCAAAAGGAAACCUAACUGCACCUGUUAUUUUUGCUCUAGAAAAUGAGCCAAAACUUAGAGAAAUCAUUGAAUCUGAGUUUGUUGAAGAUGGAUCCUUAAUUGGGGCUAUUGAAUUGGUUAACAAGUCUGGGGGAAUUGAGAGAGCACAAGCUUUAGCAAAGGAGAUAGCUGAUCAGGCAAUCCAGUGCCUCCAAUGCCUUCCUACAAGUGACUUCAAAUCUGCUCUUGAAGGGAUGGUAAAGUACAAUCUUGAGCGAAUUGAUUAGAUGCAAAACAACAAUACAAUCAAAACGAGUAAUGGUACUCUUCUCCAAAGUCUUUCUGUCAGUGAUGCAAUUGCAUUCUCUUCUUCAUGAUGUUGAUUACAUUUGCUUAAAUAUUUUCUCUUUGUAUACUAUUCUCUUCAUUUCUUUGAUUUAUCUGUAUUUUAUGUGAUCUAGUGUUGUUCAAUAACAAUCUUGAAGCACAGAAGCUAAAGCAACUAUUUAAUGCCCCACUCCUUGGUGACAAGGGUUAAACUUGCUAUCUCUGCUACUAUGAUAACUAUCCUAUGAAAUAAAAAAUCAUCAUCUUGCACCAUGGCAAGUAUUUCACAGUAUGAAA